UCGGGCUGGGCUGGGCUGGGCGCGCCGCAGCGCUGUGGCCGGGAUGGCGGAGCUGGAGAGCCUGGAGACGGCGGCCGAGCACGAGCGCAUCCUGCGCGAGGUCGACAGCACCGACACGGCCUGCCUGGGACCCACCCUCAGGUCUGUCUAUGAUGGCGAGGAGCAUGGACGUUUCAUGGAAAAGCUUGAUGCUCGGAUUCGGAAUCACGACCGUGAGAUUGAGAAGAUGUGCAACUUCCAUUACCAGGGCUUUGUGGAUGCAAUCACAGAGUUCUUGAAAGUCAGGGCAGAAGCCCAAAAGCUCAAGAAUCAAGUGACGGACACCAACAGAAAACUGCAGAUGGAAAGCAAGAAACUGGUGGGAGAAAUGGAAGAGUUGAAGCAGUGUCGUCUACAACAGCGGAACAUUUCUGCCACGGUGGAUAAGCUCACGCAGUGCCUUCCUGUUCUGGAGAUGGAUAGCAAAUUAAGAGAGCAAAUGAAAUCUAAAAGACACUAUCCUGCACUGAAGACCUUGGAACACCUUGAGCACAUGUACUUGCCUCAAGUGAGCCAUUAUCGCUUCUGCAAGGUCAUGGUGGACAACAUCCCAAAACUGCGAGAGGAGAUCAAGGAGGUUUCCAUGUCUGACCUCAAAGAUUUCCUGGAGAGCAUCCGCAAGCACUCGGACAAGAUUGGCGAGACAGCAAUGAAACAGGCCCAACAGCAAAGAAACCUGGACAGUGUCGUGUCCCAGCCUUCGAAAGCUGGUGGCAGAAGACUCAAGAAAGACACUCAUGCAAGUUCAGACCCGGAGGUCAAAACCACCAGCCCAGUGUCUGAGCAGGAUUCUGGGAUCUUGGAUGUCGAAGAUGAAGAGGAGGAUGAAGAGGUGCCUGGUGCCCAGGAUUUGGUGGAUUUCUCACCCGUGUACCGUUGUUUGCAUAUCUACUCAGUAUUGGGCGCCCGAGAAACCUUUGAGAACUACUACAGGAAGCAGAGGAGGAAGCAGGCCCGGCUGGUGCUGCAGCCCCCCUCCAACAUGCAUGAAACGUUGGGUGGCUAUCGAAAAUACUUUAAUCAGAUCGUAGGCUUCUUUGUCAUUGAGGAUCAUGUCCUGCAUACAAGCCAGGGCUUGGUGGACAGAGCCUACAUCGAUGAAUUGUGGGACAUGGCGCUGUCGAAAACCAUCGCUGCCCUCCGGACACAUUCGUCCUACUGCUCUGACCCCAACUUGGUCUUGGACCUGAAGAACCUCAUUGUGCUCUUUGCGGAUACCCUGCAGGGCUAUGGCUUUCCCGUCAACCAGCUCUUCGACUUGCUGCUGGAAAUCCGGGAUCAGUAUGGCGAGACACUGCUGAAGAAAUGGGCCGGAGCCUUCAGAAAUAUUCUGGAUUCAGAUAACUACAGUCCCAUCCCAGUGGCCAAUGAAGAGCUGUAUCAGAAAAUGGUAGGACAAUUUCCGUUCCACGAUGCAGAGCUUGAAAAACAGCCUUUCCCCAGGAAGUUCCCCUUCUCCGAGUUUGUGCCUAGAGUUUACAACGAGAUCAAGGAAUUUAUCUACGCUUGCCUGAAGUUCUCCGAAGACCUUCAUCUAAGCUCUACAGAGGUUGACGACAUGAUUCGGAAAUCUACCAAUUUGCUGCUGACUCGAACGCUGAGCAACUGUUUACAGAAUGUCAUUAAGAGGAGAAACGUCGGCCUGACGGAGCUGGUCCAGAUUAUUAUCAACACGACACACUUGGAGAAAUCCUGCAGGUUCCUUGAGGAAUUCAUUACCAACAUUACGAACGUCCUUCCGGAAACUGUUCACACAACUAAGUUAUAUGGAACUACCACCUUCAAGGACGCCCGCCAUGCUGCAGAGGAAGAGAUCUACACUAAUUUGAACCAGAAGAUUGACCAGUUCCUGCAGCUUGCAGAUUAUGACUGGAUGGCCGUUGAGCCCCGUUCUAAGGCCAGCGACUACCUGGUGGACCUCAUUGCCUUCCUAUGCAGCACCUUCGCAGUCUUUACACACCUGCCUGGCAAGGUGGCUCAGACCGCCUGCAUGUCUGCCUGCAAGCACUUGUCCACCUCGCUGAUGCAGCUGCUCUUGGAAGCCGAAGUGCGGCAGCUCUCGCUGGGGGCCUUGCAGCAGUUCAACCUGGACGUGGUGGUGUGCGAACAGUUUGCCAGAUCCGGGCCAGUGCCUGGGUUCCAAGGGGACACACUGCAGUUGGCCUUCAUCGACUUGAGACAACUCUUAGAUUUGUUUCUCCAGUGGGACUGGUCGACGUACCUGGCUGACUACGGACAACCGACCUGCAAGUAUCUUCGCGUGAACCCGACAACGGCGCUGAUCUUGCUAGAAAAGAUGAAGGACACGAGCCGCAAAAACAACGUCUUUGCACAGUUCCGGAAGAACGAGAGAGACAAGCAGAAGCUGAUUGAUACGGUGGCCAAGCAGCUGCGUGGCCUCAUCAGCAGCCACCACUCCUGAAGGAGGGA